CUCCGUUCAGUUGGCUACGAGAGCUGCCGUCGAGAGCUUGGCUAGAGCGCGUUACGGAAAAGGAAAACGAAUACGAAAUCGAAACUACAACCGAAAAACCGAACACCGAAAAUUCAAAUUGAAAUCUUCAACCAUCUGCCCUGCCGCCCCCCUUCUCUCUCGAAUACUGCGCUCGUUCGGUACGUGUUAAGUUUUUUUAAUUAGCUGAAUUUUCAAGUGAAUCUGUGGCCAACACAGAAACCCAAACAAAACCAAAACAAAAGAGAAAAUUAUACAAGUAAAUACAAAAUCAAAAGCCAGCAUUAAAUGUCAGAGCAGAGAGCGGAGAUGAUGUCUGUGCGGUGAAGUGAAUAAAUCCCAAGACCAAAAAAAUAACCCAAAACACUUGGAAGAUCCAUCCCAAAGCAAAAGUCUGCUUAGUUUUCAAACAAGAUAUUUGUGGAGAAAUCCCAAAAAAAAACAAAUAUCAUUUGUUGUGUUUGUGUGUUUUCUGCCGAUUAUCUAGUAUUAUAAUUACCCGGUUUCUCUUUCGCUAACAGAUUGACAUCACGCUCCUGCCAGCGGCCGAGACUCAGCGAAGACUCAACGACUCGAAUGCAAAUGCAAAUCGACGACGAAUGAAUCGACAAUGACCAAGAGUAUUAAAUGUCUGCGCACUUCUAGUUGUAAUCGAAUUUUCUUCGCCUUUGUGAUAUUAGCUUGUAGUGCAGCAGCCCACAGCUCGCCACCGCCAUGCGGUUUGUAUGGAGCGCCGCCUUGCCAAUUUCUACCGGCACCGCCCGGACAGACGCCCGCCUGUGCCCGGCCCGGGAAGACAUACUGCGAGCAUGUCGAUAAUUAUCCCACCUAUCUAAUCAAAAGUCUCGUUCGCAAAUGGGGCUAUGAGGCCGGCACGCUGCUGGUGGACGAGACUUGGGAGGACUUUGCUGCCGUUGCGUGGUACGAGACGCCCGUCUUCUAUGAUCCCAAGUCCAUAUUUCCAUCGCGCGAUCCCAAUGCACAGGACUUCAAUGGCUACAACUACCAGACGCCAUUUGGGGGCACUGCCCAAAGGGUCAAUGGUGGCAAUUCGCUCUUUGCCAGCAGUCCCACAACGGAGGCGGCACCAACGUAUCUGCUGUACACCUCUUCGGGCGGUGGCGCUCAUCGUGCGGGACAUCGCUACAAUCAUCAGGCGGGUUCUGGUUCCCCGGGUCAGCUGUACUUCAAUCAGGCAGGCAAGACGACGCCAUACAAUGCCACGUUGUGGCUAAAGCGUUUGGUGCGGGAUCUAAGCCGCAAGCAGAAAGAGGAAGCCACAGAGGAGCAGGAGCAGGCAGGCAAGAAAGAGCAAAAGCUGCAGGAGAAGGAGGAGGAGAAGGAGAAGCAGCCAAAGGAGGAGCAACUGGAGCCGGCGCACCAUCAACUGAAACGCGAUGUCUCGCUCAACAUGGAUCUCUUAGAUAUUGUGGGUGUCGCCGCAAAUCCCUCAAAGAAACGCUCACGCACCAAGCGUCAAAGUCCCGGCCGCUCCACCCUCUGCCAGACCACCUCGCAGUUUAUUACCCCACAGGCCGCACUCAAUAGUCGCGGCAACUGGAUGUUUGUGGUCAAUGAGCAGAACACCGCUCGACAAAUGGUCAAAGCGGAGCUGUGCGCCUCGAACACCUGCUCCAACCUGUGCGAGCUGCCCAAUGGCUACAACUCGAGAUGCGAGCAAAAGUUUGUGCAGAAACGUUUAAUUGCGCUCCAGGGCAACGGGCAGAAUCUGUACACGGACACGUUCUGGUUUCCCAGUUGCUGUGUCUGCACGAUAGCUGCCAAUUAAGCCAGGAUUGCGCACAGGACCAGUGGCAGGAAGAGCGCCACAAACCGCGGAUAAAGGACAGGCAAGGAUGCCUGAAAACGAUUUGAAAAUAAUUAUUGCAAAAUUCAUAAUUGAUAUCUGAAAAUGUUGUAUACAAAACAAACACACACUCUCAUACACACACACACACACACACACACACAACACACGUAUAGCUGUAGCUUUUAGAAAUUAUAAUUUAAAAAUGGAGAAGAAAAAACAUCGAAAGAGAGAGAACGAUAAUUGGAUUCUAUUUUGAAUUAUUGUAGUAGGAAUAAGUCCUUGUUACCCUGUGAGACGAGCCCAACCAUCCAUUAUCUAUGCUCUCGGAUAAAUCUAUCAAAUAUAAUAAUGCUUCCAGA